AUGAAUGACCUGCCUUACAGGCUUUCUACCAUACAAGCAGCUGACAGGAUUGUGGCGAUGGAUGGUGGUCAAAUUGUUGAGGUUGGAAGUCACAGGGAACUGAUCUUAAAAGAUGGUUUGUAUGCACGGUUAACUAGGAAACAGGCUGAUGCCAUGGCAUGA